ACUACACAUAAACUGAUGAGCGUUUUUGAAACGUCAAACGCGUUUUUCUUGAAUGUCACUAUCGUGCUGUUUUUUAUUAUUGAUCAUAUUGCAUGUCUUUCGGCUACAGUUGUUUAAACUGAUUCAGAUGGUGUUCGCAGGGGUAAAAGAAGUGAGGGUUGUGUCAAAAAUUAGUUUCGAAAUCCAUAAUUUCGAAUACUUCAAAACCAUCAGUUAUUGCUGAAUUGUUUAUUUAUUACUUAUCGAUCUUGAUCGGUAAGAAUGUUGAUAGGUAUUUGUCUGUAUGUCUGUGUGUUAGAUGCACACGAUAUCUCACGAAAGAAAGAUUGGAUUAGCUGCAGAUUUAGCAUGUGCGUUCAUCAUAGCUCGGAUCAGAAGCCUAUUGAUUUUGGAUGAAUUAUGUCGUAUAAUUAGCGAGAUAUUAAUUAAUUAGUGAUGAGACAAACGGUGUCACUUUGGAGUAAGACUACUGUUUUGGGGGAUCCCCUAACCUUCGAUCGAUAAGUCUUCGGUUUCCAACCGAAUUCUAGUUUAUUUAUGUUUGUUCGAAUCAAAAAAUGGGAUUGACAAUGAGCUAAAUAUAUUCGUCAGGACUAUUUGAUCAUUAAAUUCAUAUUUUUUAAAUUUGUAUCUUGACAGUAAGGGAAGUAAAUAUAAACAAAACGAUAUAUAUAUAUAUAUAUAUAAGUAUAUAUAAUAUAUACGAUAUAGGGUUUGCAUUCAAUUCUAUAAUAAAAGCAAAAUGACGAGUCAUAUUUAUUUUCAUUUGCUCAUGGUUUCUAUGCCAUUUCUUACUCCCGUGAUUUAUGGCCACAGGCAAAAUUGCCAGUAUCCAUCCAGAGGAAAUGACAUACAAUGGGAAAAGCUCGAAGGCAAAACGUUCUAUGAAUCUAUGAAUGAUGGCGAUGCAAUAUCUGCCGAUGUAGCUUGUAUGAAAGUACAUAACUUUACUAAAGUAGAAGAUGGUGUCGAGGCGACGUUUGAAAAGUAUCUAUUCAGAUCACCUGACAAGCCCGAUGUUGUACGACUACACGCACAAAAAGUUAGACGUGGUUUUUACAUGCUUGAUAAGAACACAGACUCAGCGAUGAUGCGUGACAUGGAGGAAGAAGAUGGCCCAAUAAACGAAAAAGCUGUGCGCGAAUAUGUCGAGGUGAUGUCCGCCGAUCUGGAAUUUCAAGUGACUGAUUAUGAGAAUUACUUCAUCGUUGUUCGAUGCGCCGAAGAAGGUCGAUGGUACGUAAGACCCUUCACUAAAAGGCCAGUCCCUACUGCAGAAGAUGUUCUUCGUAUCUGGAGAGCUUUGUACAAGAAUGGGAUAGAUCAACCACUUUUUAUGUCACACUGCUCUGAUGUUCUUUAGCAUACUGCUCCCAUUCUAAACUUGCUUCUAGAGCAAUUUGAACCAGACAUAGUUAUAUUACUACAUAGCUAACUGUAGACAGAAAUGCAUACAAAUCUGCGUUGUGUAUAAGAAUAUACUAUACGGAACCAUAGA